AUGGCGGGGACGCGGUGGCGGGCGCGGGCACGGCAGCUGCUGCCCCACGCCGCGGUGCAGACACACGGCAGGUACCAACACAGCCGCUCCGCCACGUGUGUGGACGGAAACCCAUAAACCAGAGGGUAGCAUUGACACAUACACACAUUCACACACACAUAUACAUGUAUACACGUGUAUAUGGUUUGUAGUGUGGCCGCAACUACACACCUACAGCCCGUGGGAGUGAUGGAGACGCAGUGACAGACGCUUCAACAGAGUCUCCUACGUAAGGAUGAAGGAACGGACAGACACUCCUACGGACCGGGGCUGUUUGGUGGGAAUCAUCUUCUUCAUCCUGGGCCUGGGGACGCUGCUGCCAUGGAACUUCUUCAUGACGGCUUCUCUGUACUUCCAGGGGCGGCUCAAUACUACAGAAUGGGUCAAUGGCACCGCGGUGGUACGCAAAGAGUAUUACUUCAACAACUGGAUGACCCUCCUGUCCCAGCUGCCUCUGCUGCUCUUCACGUUGCUCAACUCAAUUUUAUACCAGAGGGUGUCGGAGGCGGUGCGUAUCGCUGGGAGCCUCGUUUGCAUCCUGCUCCUCUUCAUCCUCACAGCUGUGCUGGUUAAAGUGCCCAUGGAGGAGGACCAGUUCUUCGACGUAACCAUGGCGACUAUCUGGUUCAUCAACUCGUUCGGGGCCGUGCUGCAGGGCAGCCUGUUCGGCCUGGUGGGGCUGCUGCCCCAGAGAUACAGCGCCAUCUUCAUGAGCGGCCAGGGGCUGGCCGGGACCUUCGCCGCUGUCGCCAUGCUGCUCGCCAUCGCCAGUGAGGCAGAUUCUGAGUCUGCAGCCCUGGGCUACUUCGUCACGCCGUGCGUGGGGACCCUGGUCACGCUCUUCAGCUACCUGCUGCUCCCACGUCUGGACUUUGCUCAGUUCCAUCUGAACCGAAGCAGCAAAUAUGAGGAAGGUGCCACAGAUGAGCUGCUGGACGACGGCAGCAAGGUUGAGAACGGGAAGCUGAACGGCCAUGCUAACGGCUCGGUGAGCGCUGCGGCGGCCAGCGGCGGGAACCCGCCCGAGGCCGAGGUGGAACCCAGUCCAGGCGGGACCAGACAGGCCUUUCUGUCCCUGGAGCAGGUGCAGAAGGAGCAGGCAAAGUCCUCGGUCAUCCAAGUCUUUAAAAAGAUCUGGGUGAUGGCGUUUUGCGUGACGAUGGUGUUCACAGUCACUCUGUCAGUGUUCCCUGCUGUCACCGUGGAUGUGAAGACGUCCUUCCCCGGGAAAUGGGAGCGCUUUUUUAUUUCAGUGUGUUGCUUCUUGAUGUUUAACAUCCACGACUGGAUGGGUCGCACCAUCACCACAUGGAUACGCUGGCCCGGUAAAGAGUCCCGUCUGUUCCCGGCGCUGGUCGUCUCCAGGGUGGUCUUCGUUCCUCUGCUGAUGCUGUGCAACGUCCAAACGCGCUCCUUCCUUCCUGUCUACUUCCACCAUGACGCCAUCUUCGCCGCCAUCAUGGCUCUGUUCUCCUUGUCCAGCGGCUACUUCGUCUGUCUGUCCAUGUCCUACGCGCCACAGAUGGUGGAGCCGAAGGACGCGGAGACGGCGGGCGCCCUGAUGACCUUCUUCCUGGCCCUGGGUCUGUCCAUCGGGGCCGGCCUCUCUUUCCCGCUCCGAACGCUGGUGUAGCCGCGCGGGAAGCUCGCCGGCGUCUCCGAGGAACACUGUUACAUCCCCCGAGGAAAAGCUGAACAGUUCCAUCAUCUCAUCCAGCUCCUGCAGCGCUGACAGCUGGACGUCGACAGCUGCUGCUGCUGCUGCUGCUUCGUAUCUGAAACCAGGUUGGAAAAGAUCCUGCAGUGGGAAGCUGGACUCUUUUCUUUUCUUCCAUUUUUAAAGUGUAUUUAUGUCGCCUGGGUUUGCUGAAAGCAAACACGGGCGUGCACGUAAAGGGAACCCGGGAAACUAGUACAACUAUUUUUCACAAGUCCAGAGGAACUUGUAUCUAGGGAUUUGAGCUUUGUUUAUACUCUGAAUGACUUAAAUUUGAUAACUUUUUUUAAACAUUUGUUUGCUUGAAUUAACUCUGUUUUUAUUUGUUUGUGUUCCCCCUUCUUGGCAUUGUUUUGCGCUUUCUAAUUUAAUUUAAUUUUAUGCUCCGUUACAGAUGUAGAACAAAAGAUUCUUUUUGGUAAUUUAGGAAUUAAAUGUGAGUGUCUGGUGGACGCGGGUGGAGCACGUCACCCGGUCAUGGGUAAAACCUCUGGACCGGAACCAGAACCAGAACGAGAUGGGACUGCGUUUCUCAUACGGCACUUUUCCACUAGAACCUACUCAGCCCGACUCGCAUUGGUUGGUUCUUUCCCACUAGGGGUCUAACGUGCCGAGUAGAUGUUAGUUAGUUAGUUAAUUUAUUCGUCCACAAGUGGAGAUUUGUCUUUUGUCUCAUAAUACAAAAACAACAGUAACAUGAAACAUCAACAAACACUUAACAUUUACACGCAAAACAUCUUAGUGGCAAAAAAGGAGGAACAACAAGGGCAUGUACAUAAAAGACACGACUACCGAGACGUGCCCUCAUUCAGAGCCUUAAUGGCGUUGGGAAUGAAUGAGUUUUUAAAUAAGUUCCGGUUAGCUUUUGGUACACUACCGUCUACCUGAGGGAAGUCAUUUAAACUCUAAAGCUGCAGAGUGGGUGAGGAGGAUCAUUUACUAUCCUAGCAGCUUUUUUCCCCAAUCACUUCCUUGUAAAUGCCACUUAAGUUUCUCUGUGUCUUCCCUAUUAUUUUUUAGGCUAGAUUCACUUUUCUUUGUAGCUUGCAUCUAUUUUUUGUGGUAAGGUUGCCGUACCUAGUUGCCAAGUUGAGAGUUAAGAUUCCCUCUGAGAUUCUUAUAGACAGUCUCCAUAAUCUGCUUGCUCACACUAAAAGAGUUGAGGUUGCGUAGUAAAUGUAACCGUUGAUACUUUUCUGUAACUUCUCUGCCGAGGUUCUAAGCUGCUG